AUGGCGGAAGAAGAACACGCAGCAACGGCUUCAGCAGGCGGUUUCCCUACAGAUCCAGCAGAUUUCGACAGCGAUCCGCGCAUCUCAUUCUCGAAGCUCGAUAAUAAAUUCAUCCUGGAGACGGAAGAUGGUCAGGAAUAUGGAUAUGAUACUGCUCUGAAGCGAUGGGUGCAAACUAUCGACGAUGCUUUACUGGAACAACAGCGACAAGCGUAUAAAGUCGAGGGAGUGGAUGAGACAGAAGAAAUGACCCGAUCUGAGUUGCGAAAGAAGAAACGGAAACAGCCAGAUGAUGAAAACGGCCAGAAGCAAAAACGACAACGCGUCAACACCGCCGUAUACAUCACCUCCAUCCCCCUCGAUGCAACCCUCGACGAAAUCCGCGACGUAUUCUGCAAAUGCGGCGUAAUCGCCGAAGAAAUUGACAGCGGCCGACCUCGCAUAAAAAUGUACAUGGAUGACUCAGGAAACUUUAAGGGGGAAGCGCUCGUUGUCUACUUUCGACCAGAGUCGGUGAAUCUAGCGAUACAGAUGUUAGAUGAGUCGAACUUUAGGAUAGGACAGUCUGGUCCGUUGGGGCCGAUGAAGGUGCAGGCGGCGGAUUUUUCGUAUAAGAGUCAGCAGGACGCGCCUACGAAUACGAAUAUGAGGGAUAAGAAGAAGAUUAUGAAGAGGACGCAGAAGCUGAAUAGUAAACUUGCCGAUUGGGAUGACGACGAGCCUUCUGCGCUUCCAGAUACCAGUUCGCGAUUCGAUAAAGUGGUGGUCUUGAAGCAUAUGUUUACGCUAGAGGAGAUUGAGGAAGAUCCUGCCGCCAUUCUUGAUAUCAAACAAGAUAUUCGCGACGAAUGCUCCAAGCUAGGAGAUGUUACAAACGUGGUUCUCUACGACAAAGAGCCUGCAGGAGUUGUGACGGUGCGAUUCAGUGAUCCAGAUGCUGCCAGGCAAUGUGUGAAAACAAUGGGAGGCAGAUUUUUUGGCGGCACCCAAGUCGUCGCAUAUAUUGCCGACGGCUCAGAGAAAUUCAAAAAGACCAAUGAGAAGCGCGCCGCGUUGGAAGAUCUGGCUGAAGGGCGCGAUGCCGACGAAGAAGCAGAUCGGCUGGAAGGGUUUGGAUCCUGGCUGGAGAAUCAAAAGGAGAGCGAGCGGGUGGUGGAAAGUUUUGCUCGAUGA